AUGACGUGUGGGCGCGCCGCUCACUGCGACACCAUGGCUGCACAGCUCACCGCCAUCAUACUGUGGCUCGGAGGAAGCGUGUUAGCUCUGCGCGACAUCCAGCUGAGCGUGCCAGAGGCGGUGGGCGUGGGCUCGAGUGCAACGCUGGGCUGCCGGUGGGCGCUGGACGUCGGCGAGACGCUUUACACCGUCAAGUGGUACCACGGAGCCCAGGAGUUCUUCCGCUUCGUACCUAAGGAGCUGCCGAACACGAGGGUCUUUUCACAAACCGGCAUUAGUGUUGAUGUGUCACGUUCAGGCGCGCAGCAGGUGGUGUUGCGGGGCGUGUCGCGGGGCCUCAGCGGCCGCUACCGCUGCGAGGUGUCCGCCGACGCGCCCUUCUUUCACACCGUCUACAAGAGUGCAAACAUGAGAGUUGUUGAAUUACCAGAGACUGGUCCUAGUGUACGAGCACAGAAGAGCUGGUACUCCAUCGGAGAUAUGCUCCGAGCCAAUUGCACGUCGCCACCAGCCGACCCCCCGGCCAACCUUACGUGGCUACUUAAUGGCCAAGAGGUGAAAGGUCUGGAUAUACCGCUGCACGACACAUCAUACGCGCGAAGAAAACCUGUGAUAACCGACACGUCGCUCGAAGAUGCAAAUAGAAUUAUAUUCAGUCCGUGGGACGCAAUCUCGGGUUACGAGGAACCCGUGACCGACAAUGUAAUAGACAUUCCAGGCAAUAUCGACGGCGUAGUGGGCAUUCCCCACGCUGAUAGCAAUCGGAAAAACAAGGAGGAAAGCACCACCCGCCUCGCACCCAGGCUAGAGCAAAUAGCAAAUAAAUUGAACAUUAGUAUUGAAGAAGAGAAAUCCAAUAAAUCAUCUUCGUUCAGCCAGCUUGUUAUAAGAGUACAGUCGGUACACUUUCGCAAAGGGCGGGUGAACGUGACGUGUGUGGCACACGUGCUGUCGGUGUGGUCGAAUAGUGGCGUGCUCAUCCUAGACGAGGAGCGGCCACAGAUUGCACCUGUUAUGGGCAGCCGGGACUCAAAUUCAGGGCUGCGUCGCUCAACGUCGCAUAUUGGUGUCUUGGCAUUACUAAACUGUUUGCUGUACAGGCACUGGUCUGUCCGAUGA